AAUACGAACUUCCACGGCUUAUCUAUAGGAACUUCCACGGUAAUUCGUCCCUGUUUCUCCGGCCAUGUUCUCUGCCGGAGCCGCGGCCUCCGGCGACCUGGAGUUCCGGUACGACGAUAACGCGUGGUACAAUGUGACUGUGAAACUCGAAGGCGAUGUUCUUAGGAUCAGUAUUUCCAAGUUCGCUGGGGAGCACGACAAUGUCUUCACCGCCAACCAUUUCCGGAGCUUAUCGGAGUUGAGCGACAUCGAAGGUAGGUUUCGGCCUCUGUCCAGACAGUUGCAGGAUUUCGAAUGCCCUAACAUCGACCCUGGCAUGCCUGUUUGUGCUUCCUACUCCUCUCGAGCCGAUGAUGUUUGCUUCUACGACGCUCUUGUGGAAGGGGAAAGUUAGGGAGAAAAUCCAAACCAAAAUGAAUAGAGGUGAUUCCUCGUCUGAAGGUCGCCUUCCCACC